AUGUUUCAUCCCCCACUAAGCCAUGGUUUGCUGCCUCGGCUCGGCUCAGUAGGAACCUCCCCUACCCCGGCAGUGCUGCGCUGCCGCCUUCUGGGACAUGCGGAGAGUGCUGCGGUGGCGGUACCUGGAUGGCAGGCCACCUUUGAAUCGGAGCUGCGCGGCUAUUUGGCGCAACUUCUGGCUCCAGGGCCGCAGCUCCACGUGCGCGCGCGGCUUCGGAACCACCGGGUGAGUGUUCAUGUUUCUAUGGCUGCCUUGGAGAAGGAUGCGCAGAUACUGCAGCAGAGCCUGUGGGAUGGUAGCCUCAGGCGCUUGGCCCUGCGAAACCGCACGGGGCUGGAGAGUCCCUGGCCCACCUCACAGGCGUUACGCCAAUUUUUGCUACGGGAGAUCAGCGUGGAAACGCUGGGAGGCUUAGGCCGAGUUUCGAGUUCAGGCAUCAACAAGGCCUUCAACCAACGGCCCUACGCCAUGAUGACCUCCAACUCCUUUGACUUGGGAGGAGGUACCAACCUGACUUUGGAUUUCCACCCGGCCGGAGGGCCACCGGGCCCUUCGCUCACCGCCAGAGGUGCUUCUUUGACGCUCAGUGCACCGGGUCAUGGCCUGCCAUCCUUCCCCUUUAUCCUCUCCGCAGGUGAACAUGGCGAGAUUUGGGCCGGCCCAUAUGGUCGUGAUGCGUCCAACCGUUUCUUGCGAGGUGGUGCAUUGUGCACCGUUGAUGAGCUGAGAAAGUUGCAUGAAAACUGCCUGGUGCUGGCAGUAGAAGCCGUCCAUCUCUUAGUCGGAAUGUCUUUCGUGACUGGACUUACUGCGGAUGGGUCAUGUUUGUUGGUCCGCCUAUCUAAAUAUGGUAUUCCCGUAUUCCCGCAAACUCCUCAAAGAAAUGCUAGUUGA